AUGUUCCUCUUUCUAAUCCCUCGGUAUCUCGGGAUGCUCAUUCAAAUGUUUCUCUGCGUCGAAAUCCUUCCUCUGUACUGCAAGCCUGCCAUGCUCUUCAAUACGGCAGCACUCACGACACUCGUCUUUGCUCUCGCUUCUCUGCGCGGCGUUUUUUGGCGAAGUUUUGGUAUGCCCAUACCUCGACCGCACAGACACGCAGACCAUUCACUCAGCCAGCAGUGCAUAGGAAUCAUCAACGGCCUCGCGUACCGACAAUUCUACGCCAAAAUACAACCGUACCCUUCCGAUUGGCCGAUAAGGGGCUGUUUCUAUCCUGAGACGCCAAAGUUUUGGAACGCAUGCUGGGUCCCAGUACUAGUAUUCGAAACUAUGUUAUUUAUAUUAAUGUGCAUCAAAUUUUGGUCAUACCGCCCACUGCGCAAAAUGUCGCUCGCGGUGCGCCUAUGGCGCGAUGGCACGGCCUAUUAUCUAAUACUGACGGGUCGUGGCUCAGAGUACUUGGCGAGUAGACAGAUCCCUCGUCACGGUGUCACAGUAAAUAAUGAGCAUGCUAUGGGCAUAGUCGCAAUCACGAUCUGCACGGUCGCUCCUUAUAAGGACAACACGACGCUCGCCAACAUCUCCGCUGUAUGGGUCGGCGCGAUUUUUUCUUACUCCGGCUCACAUCUCCUUCUGAGCAUCCGGGCACUGGCUACGGAGCGCCAGCAGCUCACGGUGUCCACGCCGCGCAUCUCGGAGAAUACCGAGGAUAUCGAGGACAUCCCGGAGGCGAUCGCGGGGGGUACGAGGGACAGCAAGUCGUCAACCGUCACCCCCGGCGAGGAACAUGACUCACACGAGCUAUUCCCGUGGCACAGACAUUUGCUGCCGUGCACGGUCACCGACACCCAGGGCUCGAUGCUGUCGCAGUGGAGCAUCAGUAGCAACCCAGUGUGGCUGCAGGAAUGGGAUGCAUGAAUUUCACGAAUAGACAUGGACCCUGUAUAUUAUACGAAUUGCGACGAGCGCGAUACGUGCGUGGUGGUAAGCUUACAUGAGCAGCUCCCGAAAACAGCAUUCUACCCCGCUAGGCUGUAUCUCCAGCAAACCUACGGACGACGGACGUCUGAGCUAUCUCGUUUAAAGCGAUGUCAAGCCAUCGGAGCGCCCCGUUAAUUCGCUCUCCGUUCGUUUGACGUUUGAAUACCGCGUCCAGCGUGCAGCCCGCAACACGCUGCGAACCCCCUUCCUCGUGAGAGCGAAAACGGUAAUGAUUCCACCACCCAUAAGCGCUCUCAGACGGGUUCUUAUCGCCUCCGGUGCAUGCCGCUCUCCAGUGCCCUGGCCUCCCGCUUCCACGGCAUCC